AUGUUAGAACGCAAAGACGAUGAAGGAAACCUGUACGCCUUUAACGAGGAAGAUUUACCAUAUGAAGAAGAAAUUUUACGAAAUCCAUAUUCAGUGAAACACUGGCAACGCUACAUCGAUCAUCUCAAAAACACAAAAAGCAAAAACUUAAAUGUAGUUUAUGAGCGGGCAUUGAAGGAACUCCCAGGCAGUUAUAAACUUUGGUAUAACUAUCUUCGACAACGCGUGAGCCAGUUAAAGGGCCGUUGCAUAACAGAUCUGUUAUAUGAAGAUGUUAACAACGCCUUUGAGCGUGCUUUGGUAUUUAUGCACAAAAUGCCACGUAUAUGGAUGGAUUAUUGUACACUAAUGACUGAACAAUGUUAUAUUACACGAACACGUCAGGUGUUCGAUCGUUCUCUCAGAGCACUUCCAAUUACACAGCAUCAUCGUAUAUGGCCGUUGUACAUUGAUUUCUUAAAGAAGCAUGAUGUCUACGAGACUGCUGUCCGAGUCUUUAGGAGAUAUUUAAAGUUGGCGCCAGAAGAUACAGAGGAGUACAUAGAAUAUCUGAUAUCGAUCGGAAGACUUGACGAGGCUGCUCUAAAGCUUGCACAAAUUGUCAAUCAAGAUGAUUUCGUGUCAAAGCAUGGCAAGUCCAAUCAUCAGUUGUGGAAUGAAUUGUGCGAUUUGAUCUCAAAAAAUCCAUCCAAAAUAAAAUCUCUGAACGUCGAUGCUAUUAUUAGGGGCGGUUUAAGACGUUACACGGAUCAAUUGGGACCUUUAUGGAAUUCACUAGCAGACUACUAUGUCCGAAGUGGUCUCUUUGAAAGAGCAAGAGAUAUCUAUGAGGAAGCUAUACAGACUGUUACUACUGUUAGAGAUUUUACUCAGGUUUUCGAUGCCUAUGCACAAUUUGAGGAACUUAGUCUGAAGAAGCUGCUAGAAGAAGCAACGGAAAAUCCUACUGAAGAAGACGACAUAAAAUUAGAAUUGAGAAUGGCACGAUUGGAAAAUCUCAUGGAAAGGAGAUUAUUGUUACUUAAUUCUGUGCUGCUACGGCAGAAUCCGCAUAAUGUUGCAGAAUGGCACAAGAGAGUCAAGCUUUAUGAGGGACAGCCACAUGAGAUAAUUAACACGUAUACAGAGGCAGUGCAAACAGUGCAGCCACAGUUAGCAGUUGGUAAGUUGCAUACGUUGUGGGUUGCAUUUGGCAAGUUUUAUGAAGAAAAUGGACAAGUAGAAGACGCGAGAGUGGUAUUCGAAAAGGCAACUCAUGUUCCAUACACCAAAGUAGACGAUCUUGCUUCCGUAUGGUGCGAAUGGGCAGAAAUGGAAAUAAGACAUGACAACUGCAACGAAGCUCUGAAGCUUAUGCAUCGUGCUACUACAAUGCCAGCUAGGAAAGUAGCGUAUCACGAUGAAACAGAGACAGUACAAAUGAGAUUAUACAAAUCCUUAAAAGUAUGGUCCAUGUAUGCAGAUUUGGAAGAAAGUUUUGGUACAUUUAGGACUUGCAAGGCGGUAUACGAUAAAAUAAUCGAUUUGAAAAUUGCGACUCCUCAAAUUAUUAUCAAUUACGGGCUGUUCUUAGAAGAAAACAAAUACUUUGAGGAAGCAUUUAGGGCAUAUGAAAAAGGAAUUGCGUUGUUCAAGUGGCCUAAUGUUUAUGACAUUUGGAAUACAUAUCUUACAAAAUUUUUGAAACGCUAUGGUGGUACAAAACUGGAACGUACCAGGGAUCUCUUUGAGCAAUGUUUGGAACACUGUCCCUCAAAAUAUGCCAAAACUUUGUAUCUGUUGUACGCAAAGCUGGAAGAAGAACACGGCUUAGCGAGACACGCUAUGUCGGUGUAUGAACGAGCAACGAAUGCGGUCCUCCCGGAAGAACGAUUUGACAUGUUCAACAUAUACAUAAAGAAAGCUGCAGACAUAUAUGGAGUGCCGAAAACUCGACAGAUAUACGAGAAGGCGAUAGAGGUCCUAAAUGAUGAGAACACCAGAGAAAUGUGCUUAAGAUUUGCAGAAAUGGAGACCAAAUUGGGAGAGGUGGAUAGAGCGAGAGCGAUAUACGCACACUGCAGUCAAAUAUGCGAUCCAAGGGUAACAUCUAAUUUCUGGCAAGUUUGGAAAGAAUUCGAAGUCAGACAUGGUAACGAAGACACGAUGCGCGAAAUGCUUCGAAUUAAGCGCAGCGUGCAAGCUAUGUAUAACACUCAAGUGAACAUGAUGUCUGCACAAAUGUUGAAUAACGCAUCUAAUCAAGUGUCGGAUAUCCCCGUGGACGCUAUGCGCUUGUUAGAUAGUAAAGUUACGUCAAAUACAGAAAGUGUUACCAGCAUGAAAGCGGGUAUUAAGUUUGUACGUGGUGUAACGGAGAAGGACGGCAAGGCAGAAUCGCAUGUGAAUAAUCCAGAUGAGAUUGACAUCGACAUGGAUGACGAAGAUGAAAAUGAAAACGAUGCAGAGAUGGAAGAAGAUGUCCCAAUUGAAAAACAAACUAUACCAUCACAAGUAUUUGGUAGCUUAAAAGCAGCCGAAAUAGAGGAUAAUUGAGAUCUUACCAAGAUGGCGUUUGUAAAAUAAAUAUCAUAAUUAUUGUCACUUUAUGACAAAAUGAUAUACAAAAGUGUACAUAAAAAUACGUAAAAGUGUGCCGCUUUGAUAAUUGAAUACAAUUUAUAAAUCUUC